AUGACCGAAAAAGAAUCAAAUCAUCCAGACACAGAACUUGAAGAAGGAAAGAUAGAACAAGAAGAAUCAAAAACUAAUGCUCAUGAAACUUUAAAGGAAACAGAAGCUCAACUUGAAUCCGCUUUCAAAGAAGCGGCGGAUGAAAAGAGCGCUACUCCAAGUAAAUGGGAGCAAUGGAAGCCAUAUCUUCUCAAGUUUAGAGAGCCCAAAGUCAUAUAUACUAUUACAUUUAUCUACAUACUUCUAUUUUUAAUCAUUCUUUUAUGGAAAUUAAUAGCAUUUAGAAGGAGCAAAGUCGAAUACGAAACACCAAUUGGUUAUAUUUGGAAUAUGAAAUUCAAAAAUGAAAUUAUUAAGUAUAUUAACCAAAGACGCCAUGAUCAAUUCGUCAUUGUUCAUGGCCCCAAGGGUUACGGAAAAACUCGCGGAAUUAGAGUUCUCUCUUCUGAAUUGAUAAGUGAAGGUCGAACACCUUUCAUUUUUGAUUUCCAGAAGAUCAGUAAAACAGCAACAAAGAAAGAUGCACGCAAGGUUCUCCAAUCACAGCUUCUUAUGAACCUCAUGAAAAUUGAUGGACGAACAAUCGAUAUUCCAAUGGCUAAAGCCGUUCAACUCCUUACCCCAUUGACUGUUCUCAAGGAAACAGUUCCAAAGACAAUCCAUUUCCAAUUCAAAGACCAAAAUCUCCAGAAAAUCGCUUCACUUUUACUACAGAUUGCUUAUGGAUUUGAGAGGAAUCCAGCAACAACUAUGAACAACUUGUUUGAAGCAAUUGAUGCCCUUGCCGCUCUUAGACCUGUCAUAUUUAUCGUUUCUCCAGAAAUUUUAUUGAAUAACAACCACAAAGAAAUAUCAGACCUCUAUACUUCGAUUCUACAGAACCUCCGUUCCUUCGCUGAGGCCUAUAAAUCCACUCCAACUGUUACAGAAAUUUCAGAUCAGACAUUAGUUCCAGAGAUCUUAACAAUACCAUCCUGCAGAGCACUAUACCUUGGCGAGCUUCAAUUUGAGGAGGUUGAAUCUCUCUCAAAUGAUAAAUACUUCAAUUUAAACGAUGUCAAGAAGAUUUACAACAAAUUUGGAGGAUACGGUGGCGCAUUUGCUACUAUUCGUGAUAACAGACGCGAUGGAAUACCAAUACAAAGUACAAUCGAUGAAAUUGAUUUCAGCGAUAAAGAAUGGCUUUCAACUGUUGUUUAUUCUUCUAAAAAUGUCAAGAAGACUGUUGCUUACCUCAAGGAUGUUGCGUCUGUUAAGAAAGAUGUUUUGUAUAACCCAGAAAAUGAAGAAUGUUUUUACCUCGUCAAAUCUGGAAUUAUCUCCAUAUUAGAGGAUAACAAGCGCCUUACUUUCCAGUCUAAAUCACUCAAGGCUUUAUUUGAUUCAUCUUCAUUCUAA